CUUUGUUUUUUACUCGCCCCAAAUAAUUUGGGUAUGGUUGAAAUCUGCGUGAAAAGUUCUAUCGAACUGCAUUUUUGUCUUUUUUGUAGCUAAACGGUCCGUAUGGUAGCUAGAAUCAACUGUUCGCAUGGCAAACGAAAUCAAAAUUGCCAACAUGUUGGCAAAUACAUUUUGAUUUUCGAAUGCUGUCACAUCAGCGGCGAGGGCCGUUUUCAUUUGGAUGCCAUUGAUCAUGACAACCCGUAGUCAUUAUUUUGACAACAUUUGACGUCAAAUAUGACCUAAUGAAAACCAGGCUUAAGCAAAGCAAAAUAGGCGAUAAUUUGAAAUAACCGUGCUCAUAAGAAGAAGCUACUGCUUGUAAUUGAUACGCCUUGCGACCAAGGCUCAGCUCACUGCUCUUGAAAGCAGUGCAGUCGCCACGGAUCUUAAUUAACGGUAUCCCCCAAGCAGCUGGUGAGUGUUUGCCUGAAUUAUUUGCAAAUUUUUGUGAAGCAGCUCAGCACAAACCUCCACCUUUACGUGACGUUUUUCGUCUGCGAAGCAUAAAAGGCAAUUGCCCAAUUAUUGUGAAACUUUUCUCUGCAAAUUACCGGAUCAAAAACUCAACGAGAAGUAAUGACAUAUGCAUCAGAGUUAAGGCGAAAUAAACGAUUGGCAUCGGCGUUUUCCAUCCGUUGGAGAAUAUUUGUGCGGCUAAAGCCUGGCGAAGAGCCCGAAUUAGUGAUCAGCGGAACUGAGGUUAAUGCUCUUAUCGGCACUAGAACAUAAGAACAAUUAUACUUAAGUAUGUAUUUGAUGUAUGUCUUACUAUUGUACCAACUGUUAGUUAUAAUUUAUGCCAGAAUAGAAAAUAAGUUAGAUGAUGUUUUUUCUCCUUCUAUCUUUGCCGUAUUCCCUCUAUGUAUUAUUGGUUUACAGGCUAACCUAAUAUUCACGCACGCCGCCAAUUUACUGUCAAAAAUAUCUCAUGUAUUUAUUUUUCGGGCCAGUUUUCAAAUUAUCGUUUUGUUAUUUUAGGAGCUCUUUCGGCCGGUAGUUUUAAAACAGCUGACGCAAAGCACAAAAAGACAACAACAGCACUAGCCCAACACUUAAUAAUUAGCAGACACGCAGCAGACUUCGAAAACACCAAAAUAUUAGACGUAGAAAGGAGGGAGAGGACAAGAUUAACAUUAGAAGUUCUGCGAAUACAACAAAGAAUACAGGACGCGAUGACCUUCAAAGAAGACGUGGAUAACAUAAAUUGCGCAUAUCGGGCAGCAAUUGGACACAUUUGACGAGCAGAUGAGCGAUAACAAACAUUAGGCUGUGAUAUUUUUAUUUAUAGUUGUUAAUUAGUGAUGUCAAAGUAAAAUAUGUAAAAAUAAUUAUUCACCCCUAUUAUGGUUGUCGCAAGUCGUUCGUAUCGACAGUCGUUCGUUGAAUUAUGUCGUAAAUAAAAAACAUUAACGACAGAUUUUAACACGUUUUCAAUACUUCUUCAUUUCGAAAGGAUAAUAGGAAUACAAAUUUGUUGUAGAUUAUGUCAUUGGUUGCCUCAUAACCUCAAUGAAAAUCUCAAAUAUCGACGAACGACUGUCGUUCCGACAAUCGGAAUAGGGGCGAUUGUGUCAAAUGUGAUCAGUGUGACCGUUUUGAUCCAAGUGGAUCAAAAGUGAUACAUUUUUCGACGAAUUUUGGAGAGAUACUUUUUUUCAAUUUUGAUACUUUUCCAAAUAAAAAAUAAAAAAAAUUUGUAAAUUUGUAUGCAUUUCAAAACAUGUCGUGCACCUGUGGUAACAUACAUCCAAAAGUUCAUUGUCGUUCGCUGAACGAACCUUUCAAGUAUUGGGAAUGUGAAGUUGUCACUACUGUCAACCGCAGACAUUUCCUUCCUUUUUCCUUUCUACUUUUGAGCGUAAUGGACGAACCAGCCCGGCACAAGAAUUGUAGCCAGUAAAAUCGAGAACACGUGAAAAUCCUGCUGCAGACACCGCCAUAAGCCACCACGUGCAAACAUGGAUAGAUUUGUGACAGGAAUACCACCAAACAGGACUGCUGAACAAGGGGCGAGCUCAUUGCUGUCAUCUGGGUCUGAAGAUGAAUAUGUGGAGCCGUCGUCAUCUCGUGCUCAAUAUCGGCGUAAGUUUCGUUCACAGUGGUUGGAAAUGUUCGUCUGGAUUUCUGAGAAGGAUGAAAAAGCCUUUUGUGCCAUAUGCAACAAAUCCUUAUUCAACAUAAUAACGCAUAUAAAGCGGCACGAGACGAGCCCCCUCCAUAGAAAAAACUACGCUACUAAGAGGAACCAGACCCAUAUCGAUCAGGCGAUGGCUACAGCCAAAGAUAACAUCCUACAAGAACAGGUAAAAAGUGCAGAAUUGAAUUUAAUUAUGUUUGUGUUGCUGCACCACAUGCCGGAUUUACCCGCAAAGAGCUUCCCCGACUCGAAUUUCUUCGGGCAUAUUGCUAAAAGGGUGGAUGAAUUUUCCGAGUUUCAAAACUACGUUGGUGUUAAAAAUCAUAAAAUUUUUCGAGUGUCCAACGUUCGCUGGUUAUCACUGAAGCAAGUUGUUGAUCGUUUACUGUCCCAGUGGAGCGCGUUGCAGUUAUUCUUCAUAUCUUGUUUCGAUGACGGUGUGAACCAAGGCACAUUAAACAG